UAGAAGAUGGCGGACUGUGCUUCAUUGCUAGAUGAGGAACUCUCUUCCUUUGUCUUCAGUUAUCUGACAGAAAACUCCGGGAGCCAGUAUGGGGAGGAGGAGGUCAGUUCUGACCGCCUGGACGCAGACUUCCCCGACAUUGACCUCUCUCAGCUGGACGCCAGCGAUUUUGAUUCCGUCAAUUGUCUCAGCGAGCUCCACUGGUGCAACGACCAAUCAGACACCUCCUCUGCCUCCAUCCAAUACAGCACAGGAGACCCAGAGCUCUUUGAGAUAGAAGAGGAAAAUGCGGCGCUGCUGGCUGCUCUCACAGACAGCCUGGACGGGAUGGUGGAGGACGAAGUGGGGGGGCUGUCUGUGUUCCCCUCACUGGGGGAGGGUCCUGAGGAGGAGGAGGACCUCCCCCUGGAAAAUGAGCCCUUCCCAGGCUCCCUCAGUGCAGAGACAGAAGACCCGUCUCUACUGAAGAAGCUCUUGUUGUCCCCUCCAAACGUGCCUGUGGGCAUUGAAACGCAUAAAGAGGGCGGCGUGCAGCGCCAUAGCAACAGGAGCCAGCACCUUAAGCCUCUGAGACCUCUGGUUAAGAGUGACAGCACACAAGAACGGAAGCCCCGGGCGGUGCGGCCGGCAGGACGCCUGUGCACAGAGCUCCACCGUCACCUGACCACCACACAGGAAGCGGAGGACACGCCCUCCGCCGACACCGAGGACGAGAGCGAGUCGGAGGAGGAGGACGAGGAGGAGGAGGACGAGUCCGGCAGCGAGGAUGAGAGCUCCGUGGCCACCGAGCUGUCGGAGCCCAUCGAGCCCCAGUUCUCGUCCGAGAAGGAGCUGCGCUCGGUCGUGGAGCUCAUCAAGUACAUGCACACCUACUGCCUGCCCACCCGCAAGCAGUCCAGCUUGGACCGCAAGGAGCGCGAGUGCCCAGGCUUUGCUCGCCGGGCUAGGCCCGACGUCCAGGCUCCCCGGCCAGCCCCCAUCUGCCACAAGGCGAGCCCCCUGGUGAACAGUGCGGCUCGCCUGCGCCCGGCCUUCGUGCGCAGGCGUGAGGUCAAAGGGCACUCUCUCCUUCGGGAGUUGCUGGAAACAGUCAGCUCCUUCGAUGUGAGCAAGCCUUACAGGCUCCACAGCCCCCCUUAUUCCCACAGUCGGGGAGCGCCGGCCAAGCCGGUGCAGGACAGGAAAGCGGAGUUUCUGGGCAAAACGGAGCUGAAAGACUCCGUCUGCAAAAGCCCACGGGAGGAAAGAGCCCCCGGCUCCGCCUCCGAAACCGAUGGACCCAAACUGGCCAAGGAACCCGAGCUGGGGGAAACCUCCUUCUCUGUCAGGCGCUCCCGCAGGCUGGCGUCCUUCCCGGGCCGCUUCGCUAAGAAGGCCCGUCUGGGAAGGUUGAGGUCGGAGCCCGUCUCCAGGCGGGACAGUGAGGAGGCGGAGGCUGUAAAACAGUGCCCCGCAGAGGAGGCAAGCCACAGCAGCACUUCCUGUAAGACGGACGCCCAGAAGACCCCGGUGACCGACUCACCCUGCAUUCAGAACGAGAAACGCGCCUGCCUCUGUCUGCCGCUGACUCCCAAAUCCACAGGAGACACACAGUUUGCCAACAAGGCCUUUGAGCAGACGCUCAGCGUGGAGCUGUGUGGCACAGCAGGGCUCACUCCCCCGACCACCCCCCCACACAAGCCUGCCGAGGACGAGCUCUUCAAGCCGGAGGGGAAGGGGGAGUCCCCCCCCAAGGGCUCCUGGUUGUCCCGGGCGCAUGUCCGGAAACUGCCAGAGCAGACUGAACUGUAUGCCCAGCUGCGCAGAAUGGGCCAGGUGGGCGAGGGUGAGCCCGAGCCCAAGGGGGCCGUCCACCGGGCGUUUGGGGACCACGAUUACUGCCUGCAGGGCCUGGGCGAGAGCCGCAAGAGGCCUGCCCCCGGCGGCGGGGACGGGGAUGACAGGGAAAAGGCGGAGGGCGAGGGGGAGGAGAGUGGGGUGCAAAGCCAGCCAGGGGAAGAGAAGCUCUUCUCAAAAGUUCCGGAGUACCUGUGCAAGCCAGAGAGCAAGGUGGAGGAGCACCGAACGGCAUCGCCCCGGUCGGGGUCGCCGCAAGCCUUAUCGCCCCGCAACACAGAAGAGGGCACAGACCGGUCCCCCACCCCGAACCAUCACACCCCCUGCACCUCCUGCUGCCAGCCACGGUCCCCCAGCAACAAGCUGAAUUUUAGCUGUGAGAACUCGGGGAAUUGCCACGGAGACAAGCAAAGAAACAAAGCUAACGAGGACUGCCGAGUGUUCUACAUCCACAACCUGCCGUGCGGCGUCACGCAGGCCAUGCUGCGCAGACGCUUCGAGUCCUACGGCGAGCCGGAGGACUGCAAAAUCAUCACGAAAGACAAUGAGCGCUGUGGCGUCAUUACCUUUCUGCGGCCCCCCGGUGGCCAGGGUCAGCGGCGCAGGCGGGACGCCCCCGUGCAGAACGGAGGGAGCAAUCUGCGGAGAUUCUGCAGGAAGCGCUACAUAGAUCUGGAUGAGGCGGGGCCAGGGCCAGUGAAAAGCAAGUAUGACGCCAUGGACUUCGACACCCUGCUGAAAGAGGCCCAGAAGAGCCUGCAUCGCUGACGCGCCUUACAAUCCCACCCCUGGGACUCGCCUCAGUACCUCAACCAAGGCACCUCUCUUAAUGUUUACAUUUUUAACAUUGGAAUAAGAAACAGACCUUGUCUCUGUCAACUGAGGAUUUGAGGAGGGGGGGGGGGGGGGUGUGUUCCAGAAAAAAAAGAGAAACAAAAAAUGAAAACGCACUCAGAACACAGAAGCUGCUUCCCUGUGUGUGUUCAUGACAUCAUCGCCCUGCUAAGGGAGGGGAGGGCUCCGUAGCAAACCUUGCUCCUCCUGCUGGUCGUUGUGAUGUGUGUGUGUGUGCGUGUGCGUGUCUUUUUUUGUACCCCUUGGUAACUACUGGUGGAGCUGCAAGCCGCAUUCGCCAUUUAGUCGUAUAGUACGUGACAAAAAAAAUUAAAAACAA